AUGAACAAGACAAUCUAUGUUAUUUUUGCCCUCCUCGUUAUGAUCUCAAUGGCCCUUGCUGUAACUGAGACUACUACUACUACUACAACCACUACAGCUGAUCCAACUACUACUACCACCACAGGUACUACUACCACAGGUACCACUACUACAGGUACCACUACUACAGGUACUACUACCACCACUGGAACUACUGCUGCAAUCACCACCACUGCCACCACCACUACCAACGUUACCACUACUACCACCGGUGCUGGAUCAUCAUUGGUUGCAGCUCCAUUGGUUGCCCUCGUUGCUAUUAUCUUCUCUUUGAUCCUCUAA